AACAGUGUUGUAUUAAUGUGAUGUAAUGUGAUGUCAUGGUCUAAUGCUGCAGCUGAGAAGGUGAUGUCACUGGGUCGCAACUGGCACAGGCCUUGUCUUCGCUGUGUGAGGUGCAAGAAAACACUGACCCCUGGUGGCCAUGCAGAGCAUGAGGGCAGUCCAUACUGCCAUGUGCCCUGCUACGGGUACCUGUUUGGACCAAAAGGUGUGAACAUUGGAAAGGUGGGCUGUUACAUUUACGAGAAAGAAAAUGCAGAGAAUGAAAUGCCAAGCGAACAUUAAGUCACGAAGAAAAGCUCUUUUUUUUAAUUAUUUGUUUCAGAAAUAUUUUUUACAUAUUAAAAACAAAUUGUAAGUUGUAAAGAUUUAUUUUCACAUAGAUAUAUGCAAAUGUCGUUGCAUGUAGUCUGAUCAUCAGAAAUGGCCACUGGCAUCUAAUAAAAAAGUAAUACAAAAGUCACUUAAACAUGCACACAUACAUAGGCUCUUUCUCUCUCAUUUUACUGUUUUUCACAAACAAACUCACAAUUUCCAUUUAUUCAUUCACGCCUCCAUUCUUAGAAAAUAUCUGUAAUUAUUACAUGGCACUGGAGAAAGUUGUAAAUCCUUGUGUAACUAAUAAAACAUAUUUUAAAAGAA